CAAAACGGAAAAGAAAAGUCAGUGAAGCAAAAUUAGGAAGAGUCAAGCGCUCAGAAUCUCUCAUCAGAAGACGAUGAAGAAGAGGACGAUAUACUCAUGGGGAGCAGCGAUUGUAAUCUUCGUCGUUCUGAUGAUCGUCACUCCCACCAUCCCUCAAUCUCAGGCCUAUCACGAUUUCGCCGAUCAACGAACCUUCUUUGGGAUCCCGAAUGCUCUGAACGUCAUCUCCAACUUCCCUUUCCUCAUCAUCGGCCUCAUCGGCCUCGUCCUCUGCUUUUACCCAGACGAUUACUUCAGAUUCAGUUUGCGAGGUGAGAAGUUGGGAUGGACUUGCUUUUUCGUCGGUGUGGCUGCUGUUGCUUUCGGAUCUUCUUACUACCAUCUCCACCCUGAUGAUGCUCGCCUCGUCUGGGAUCGCCUUCCUAUGACUAUUGCCUUCACGUCCAUCAUGGCUAUAUUUGUGAUCGAGAGGAUUGAUGAGCACAAGGGCACUUACUCCAUCGUCCCUUUGCUUCUCGUUGGCCUUGUUAGCAUUCUCUAUUGGAGGUUUUUCGAUGAUCUACGUCCAUAUGCUUUAGUCCAGUUUGUUCCCUGCAUUGUCAUUCCACUUAUGGCUAUUCUCUUGCCUCCAAUGUAUACACAUUCCACCUAUUGGCUAUGGGCUGCAGGAUUCUAUCUCUUAGCCAAGGUGGAAGAAGCUGCAGAUAAGCCUAUAUAUAGCUGGACUCAUCAUAUUCUUAGUGGUCAUUCUAUAAAACAUGUGUGCGCUGCCAUGGUCCCUGUCUUCCUUACCCUCAUGCUCGCUAAAAGAAGCGUUCAAACCGAGAGGAUUAGCUUGUAUAAGACAUGGAAGAUAUCAUGGACGAGGAGUAGAGGGAAAGGAACAGAGGAAGAGAGCUUCGAGUGUACCUACACCAACGUAGCAGUCGAAGAGGCUCGGUAGGUUAUGUUGGUGGUUAAUGUAAGAUCCAUCUUUUACUAGUUUUAGCCGAGUAUAGGAGGGGGGUGGAGGUUGAUAAUUCAAUUUGAAACUCGUGAGCUUUGUAAUCUUAUGACAAUGCAAACGUUUUAUAGUGCUAACAACACUUUGAUGUUAUUAUGAUACAAAACUUCAACUAAAAUUGGAAUACAAGUUUCCC